GAUACCUACUAUCAAGGGUGAAAGGUGGGCGUGCCAUUGGCGCGAGGCCCAGAUGAUGCCCUCAACGUUUCCCGCUGCUGGGGGCUGCCAAUUGGACAGCGCAGCCCAACGGGUCGACGUUUGAUCUUCUACCCCUCUCCUCGCCCCUCCCCCCGAGCCCCCGACCACAUCGACAACAGUGCAGCGUGCGCCGGCCUGCCCGCGACUGUCUUCCUCGCCCGGAGCGCGGGGUAUCUACUUACGCGGGGCCGAUUCUUUCUGAACACCUAGUACUUCGCAAUCCUUACGUUACUGAUAGUAGACAAUGACUUUUCAAUGUCAUUUUCCUUCGUAGAAGACGAGGAAACUUCUUAUUCAGAACAGCCAAACAUUGAGAAGUCAUUUCACACAGUAAAUUUGGAAGAUGGAGUUGAAAUAGAGUUAUCUGAGGAACUUGUUGAUGACAUGUCUAUUGAUGUUGUGAAACCAACAUUCAUAACUGAUACGUUGAACUUGCCAUGUACUUCUAAAUCUCUUGAUAACGCUAAUCAUUAUCCAUCUUAUAACUUAACUAUCACGGAAGGUGUCAAAAUUAAACUUUCAGAAGAGAAGUAUGAGAAGUAUUUUCGCAAAAUAGCUCAUUGUUUAUCUGAUGUUGUUGAGGAAGAUGAAGCUAUAAUUGACACAGAUUCAGAAAAAGAUGAAAAUUCUGAUGAAGAUACUUCUAGUGAGAAAAAGAAACAGUCUUCAAAUGACGAAAAGAAAAACCAUGGGGCUAAGAAGAAGCGUAGUCAUAAAAAGAAAGAGACUGAGAAGAAAACUGGUGAUGUGAAACCUCAAACCCCAGAAAAGAAGAAGAAAUGCUCCAAAUCAAAGACCAAAGAUAAAAUUAAAAAGGAUUCUGAUGAAACAUCAACAUCAUCAAAAACUUCUAUUUCUGAACAAGAACCUAAAAAGAAACGCAGGAAGAAAACAGACACAAAAGAACCUGAGACAAAAGAUAACACUGAUGAGACAUACAGUAAAUUGUAUGCAAGAGAAAGAGCUGCAGAUAGGCAAAGAAAAAAGAGGAGUUCGGACAGUGAAAAAACAAAAGCUUUUAACCGUGAAAAAGCUAAGAAAAAAAUGUCAAAAAUCAGGAAAAGAAAAUCAAAAUCUAAGGUAGUGUUUGAAAAACGACUUAAUGCUCAAAGGAGGUACUUACAGCGACUUUCUAAAAAAGCUAAUAGUUUAAUCUUGAAUUCCAAACCAAAUUCACCAUGCAAUCGUCUUCAUUCUUCCAGAGAAGACAUAAUGACAGCACAAAAAAUUAAGAGAAAAAUGUACAUGCGUCAGUAUAGACAAAAAUUAUCUGAGGAAAGGAAAGAAUCCAUUCGUAUUAAGGAUAAGCUUCGUCAUAAGGAAAAGAGGUUGUGGAGUCGAACUUCAGGGAACGAUUUUCCAUUUUAAAUAUUCGAAAUCUAUAUUGACGUGUGUGCCAAAGCUGGUAUGCUAAUGUUUAUUCGUAGACAUGGGUGCAAAAAACUCAGAGAUUCUUUCCUAUGUUUACAAUUGCUGUCAUGCUUUUCCUUCCAAUACUCAACAGGUGUUUUUCUUGAAACGUUUUAAACAACAAGAUAGGUAGCCUCAAGAUGAAAGAGGCUGUGGCAACCCUGAUCCGGCAGUCCUUUCAGUAUAUUGUCCUUGACACAUGUACCAGUGAUCUGUGUUUCGAAGGCACAGAUAACUGUGUUUAUUUUAUCUUUGAGAUAUUGUACAAGUGACAUGGUGUUCAUGACACUCCAGGAGUAUCCGAUUCAUGGAUGGGAUGGGAUGCGGCUGAUAUACUCUGCAAUGGUGUCAGUGUGGACUGGGGUGGGAUGCGGCUCAUGUAUCUUGUAAUGAUGCCUGUGCGUCCUCGAUUGAAGGUGCACCAGAAUUAGCAACAAAAAAUAAAGAAAAUUAUUAUUUUGUCAUAGUUGUCUGUCAUUUUUACAGUCGUCGAACUUGUCUUGAAUGCAGUGGAAAGUUAAGGAUAGAAGCCGUUUUGAAAUUUGGAAUUUGUCGCAAUGCUGUAUUUUUCUUUUACACAUCCAAAGAAGUAGCAAUAAGGUAAUGAUGAAAAUCUUUUACUAUUUUCACUAUUGUAAGAAGUUUUUGGUGUGUUACAUACUAAAUGUUGUUAGAAAGAAUGAGUAGUUUACAUGAGUACCCAAAUUAAAACUUCUGUAUCUUUUUUUUCAAUUUAUUCGUUUCUGCAAGACCUUAUAAACUUGGAUUUACAUAUAAGAGGAAUGAAAUUUUCAAAAUGUCUUGAACGUUCAGAACUGGACAUAAAUUCAACAUCUGAAAAGAAAUUAUCUUCAUAACUUUUCUACAUUAAACCCUGUUUUAAUGCUGUUUGCAGAAAUACAAUGAGUGAUGCUCAUACCUUAAUUGUAUUUGUAACUGAAAAUUUUUUUCAACAUGCCAAUAAUGCGUUCUUAAAGUUAGAACUCAAAAAUUCCUUCAUCGAAGUCUUCAAAAUAGCUGGAAAUAAAGAAGCUUCAUAAGUUCUAAACAUUGAACAAUUGGUAUCUUAAUGUUUUUAGAUUAAUUUAAUGACCUGAAACUUGACUUACUGUGAUCCAUCAAUAAUAUCUUCUUUAGCAAUUUGAGUCAUUCUAUGAUGACACAAACAUUCUUCUAUCAUUUGCAUGUUCUUCAAGCAAAUGUGGCAACGGACUGGUUUAAAUGCAAUGUUUUCAAAGAGUUUAUGAAUAUAAACUCGGCUUAGCAAUUCCUUGAUGAUCUCUAAAUUUUCUUGUUUGUCUGUACAUCCUUCACAAACUUUAACUAUUGCAUUAGAAUGUAAUAAGCAGAUCUGAUAUAUAAUUGUGGAACAAGAAUGGAAUGCUAUGGAGUUAGAUUGAAAUAAGAUACCCAUUGUAUUUUGUACAAUCUAAUGAUAGACAAUAUUGGGUGGCACACUUUACAUCUCAUAAGAUACAUUACCAUAGUAACUGAUGUUAUUGUUAAAAAUUUUAGAAAAACAUCAGUAUUUGUAGUCACCAAUUUCAUAAUGUAGCAUAAUUAUAUUUUUAUAAAUCAAAUUUAAUUUUCCUUGUUAGAUUUCCAGUUUAUGUUUGAAGAUGACAGAGAAGUCAUUUUUUUAACUUAAGAAUCUAUAAUAGCGGUCUUUUGCAUCUAUCCCUGUUUCAACACCUAUUUGUUUGCUUGCUCUCUAUCCUCAGCUUUGUUAUCUGCAAUUAAAACAUUCAAAUUUUUGUUACAACUCAUCAUUUUCGCUUCCUCAAUUAAUAUCAAAUGGUAUACUUACAUCCAAAACCCAAAAUCAAAAUCCUAAUACUGACUACAUCCUGACAUCUGAACAUCCAUGACGAACCAGAAUUGAAAAUAUUAGUGACCCUGAACAAGAUCUUCAGUUCUUGUGUACACUGUUCAAAGGCAUACUCAAUGUUUCAUUAAAACAUGCCUCAAGACAGACAAAUCCCGCAUUAUGAAGUGCAACCAUAAUUUUUCUAAACCUCUAAGAGAAAAAAGUGAAAUUGUCAUGAGUCCAAGGAAGUAUCUUGAAUUUGAACCAGCUUGCAAUGAUGCUCGUGUAAACAAGUUCAGUGAACCUGUUACUGUGGAAUGGUGAGGCAAUCAUCAUUUUACCAUGAUACUUUGACCUGGAUGUUUCGGUCAUUACAUUGCAAAAUAUGCUACAAAGCCUGAAGUCCAAUCUUACUUGUACUAUAAUUUAUUUCUAAGUGUUGUUGAGAAAUGCGGAAAUGAAACUACAUUGAAAUGAGCAGUCCAACGUGUACUCUAAUGUCAGCAUUAGUUGAAAAAGAUUAUUCUUUUCAAGAAGUCCAUCAUUUUUUGUCUGGAUAUAUGCUUUAUAGUUGCAGCUGAACAUUCCUUACACUAAAUUUGAAUAUAAAUGACUGUUAAUCUUAUAAGACAAAAAUCUGUUGAAGAUUCUGUCAUAUUUAUUGCCCCUACAGCUGCUGCUGCAGUAAAUGCAGGUGAAAGAACCAUACACAGUGCAUUGAGAAUUGUAGUUGGUAAGAAGAAAGAUAAUUUAUAUUUAUAAAAUCUCUAUCAACAUCUCUAUCACCAAAUAAUUGUCUUCUGGAACGUGGAAGUAUUUUAAUGAGUCAGCUCAUACAUGCAUAUGUUUUAAAGCAAUACCAUUUAUUUUCAAGCGCUGAUUAUGUCUUCUUUUUUAGAAAAGUUUUCACUGGACGAUGUACUGAAAAAGAAAGGAAGAUUAUGACUUCUCGAUUUAUCAAUGAAAUGUUAACUAAUGAGAAAGAAAAGUUUAAGAACAGUAUAAGAAUAUGCUCAAUCAAGGAAAGUGCUAACGAGUUUAACAUUCAAAAGCUCAAAAUGUUAAGAAAACCAAUUCCUACUAUCAAGGCAGAUAAUAAUUCCAAAACUGCAUUUUUAUCAUCAGAUGAAUAAGCUGAUUGCUUAAGUAACAUUAUAUCAUUGAGUAUUGGAUCAAGAGUUAUGUUAAGGAAGAACUUAAAUGUCAGUAGAGGACUUGUAAAUGGGUCAAUAGGCAUUUUUAAACAUUUUCUUUAUGAAACUGGUAAAAAAACAUCAAAUUUACCUGUUUGUUCUUAUUCAGUUUGAAAAUGUUGAUGUCAGUGAUCUUAAUAUAAAAUAUAUACCCAUUUGUCCUGUACAAUCCCAAUUGUAUAAAAAUGGAACACCUUGAACUUGUUUCCAACUUUCUUUAUCUUUGUGCUGGGAUUGUACUAUUCAUAAUGCUCAGGGUCUUAGCAUAUUGUCAGUUGUGCUUGAUGCUGGUAAUUCUGAAUUUUAUCUUGGACUCUUAUAUGUUGCAUUAUGUCGUGUUGCUGACUUUUAAUCGCUACGUCUCUUUACAUCAUUGUCUCUACAAAGAUUAAAUUCGUGUACUAGUUCUUCCCGAUUUAAGAUGAGGAGAAGGUUCCUUAAGAAAUUGAAAUUCAUGUCAAA